AACAGUAAACACCGUUUUGUUUUAUAACAGCACAACUAGCUUCGGAGCGCCAUUUGACUGCAAGAGCCAAACAGUGAACACGGAAAUUAUUGCGUGUGAGCUGUGACAUGGAGUAAUACUUAACUUCAAAAGCGUUUCUCCAGAACGAGCAUGACGUUUAAUGCCCCCUAUCUACCGAUAACUAUGUUGGGUAACGGAUCGCAUUACGUAACUUACCUUCUCAACGAGUCUUUCAGCAACACCGCCGGUUGGAAUUCUUCCCAAAAUGAAAACAACACAGACGACUAUAACUCCAACACGCAAGACCAUAACACGAACAAUAUUUACUACGAUCAGAAAAUACAUGAAUCCUUUUUGAGCAGUAUCCAUAGACAUUCUGCCACUUUUAUAGGUGUUCUUGCAUGUUGGACAUGCUUUAUUAACAUAGUUAUAAUAUGUGCGUGCUUAGCAAGCCAAAGAACAAAGUCAGACGCCUUCUACAUGCAAGUUAUUAACUUUUCUGUAACUAACAUACUUAUUAGUGUAUUCGUCUUGCCACUAACUGUCUACUAUAUUCUUCACGUCUGGGAUCUAGGUCAGCCACUUUGUAGGAUUUGGGUUAUUGCAGAUAUUCUUUUGCCAUUUGUUGCUUUCUUAAUAGUGUUGAUCAUUAGUUGUGAUAGACUCCUACAUGCUUCCCACCCCACACUUUACUCGUGGUUGUUCCAGAAAUCACUGACCAACGUCAUUAUUUGCACUCCAUGGGUUAUCGGUCUAAUCAUAGUCGUCCCUAUAUGGACAUCUGGUACUGUUCCAUUCAAUGAUAUGACAAAUCAGUGCGUCGUUAUAGUGACAAUCGAAGCUGCAAUUUUGUGCCCAGUGUUGACAUACUUCGUACCUCUUGCGAUUCUAGGAUUUUUAACAUUCAGAAUGUUGUUAUUGAGAUUACAGUAUGCGUCGCUCCCGGCUAAUGCAUUCGAAACGGACAGAAACACAAUAAACAAUAACCACUUCGAAUUAGAGGAAACAAACACGACGCCUUUGCACAGACCAGUAGACACAGAAACGCAUAAUUCCAACCAAGUGCAAAAGAGAAUCGAUCGACAGGAUACCAACAACAGCAGUAACGCAAGAGGAGGGACAGCUGCAAAGCUCAAGUCCUCUAAAAUCGUGGCGGUGUGCAUGGUAAACCUAGUGAACACCGUGCUAUGGUUUCCCUUCCAGAGCAUUAGUCUGCUUUUGUCCGUAUGCAAUUUUCAGACUUGUAUCCCAUCUAUGGAAAUGAACCAGGUGUUGACCCUCAUGGGCGCUGCCAGCGCCGGGGUCGUUCCACUCUUCUGGUUCUUUGAUACUGGACUGAGGGAGAAUAUCGUCAAGCUAUGUUCAAGAAAGCAAAAUAUGAAUCAUCAAUCAAGCGUUUACAGCGACGAAACGUUUGUUUAAUAAAACAAUUAUAUUGUUGUUUCGGUUUUGUAUAGUGUUCUUCUUUGUCAGAUGUCAGAACUAUUGUUUUAAUAUGAUUUGUGUUCUUUUAAAUUUCUGCAAACCGCCUUUCAAUAAAAACCUGUUUUAUAAGCACUGUAUUAAAUCAAUAUAGAGAUAUUAACAACUGUUGAAACAGUAAACGUUGCACCAUGACUUAGUGUUAUAUG